AUGUCCGACAACCAGCAGAACAAGGGCGAGGAGCAGUCGUUCUCCAUCCAGCCCCACCCGGCAACCACCAACGACCCCAACAACGACCCUGCGCUCAACUCGGGUCUCAAGGAGGGCGUCUUCGGAGGUGGCAAGCCCGGCCCCGCCGUCGUCAACACCGAGCAGCUCGAGGAGCCUCUGAGCCGUGACGAGCUGGCCAAGCGUUCCGCCGAGCUCAACAAGUGA